CUUGGGCAGCCGUGCUCGCCGGCGCUGUGAUUGGCCACCGGGGGGCGGGCGGGCGGCCGUGAUGCGGUAAAGAUGUCGGCCGUCGAACAGUGCUCGGUUGCUGUGGAGAAAGAGCGGUGGGAGCCGCUGUCCUUGACGCACGUCGAAUAUCCCCCAGAUGACCUUGCAGGAAAGGUGCUUGCAUAUUUAAGUCUCGUACCAGUAUUUAUCCUUUUUGGUUUCGUCACGCUCAUCGUGUUUAAGAGGGAGCUGCACUCUAUUUCAUUCCUCUGUGGUUUGGUACUAAAUGAAAUCCUCAACUGGUUAAUUAAGAAUGUGAUCAAAGAGCCCAGGCCAUGCCAAGGUGCUCAUCGGAAUUUGUUUACAGAAUAUGGGAUGCCCUCCAGUCAUUCCCAAUUCAUAUGGUUCUUUUCCAUCUACUCACUUCUAUUCCUUUAUUUAAGAAUGCACCAAACAAACAAUGCUAGAUGUUUAGACCUGUUGUGGAGGCACAUUUUAUCCGUUUGUUUGCUGACUUUGGCAUUCCUUGUCUCCUAUAGUAGAGUCUAUUUGAUGUACCAUUCCUGGAGCCAAGUGAUAUAUGGAGUCAUAGCAGGCGGGGUAAUGGGAGCAACCUGGUUUAUCUUUACACAAGAGGUACUAACGCCACUCUUCCCUAGAAUAGCUUCAUGGCCAAUCUCAGAAUUCUUUCUGAUACGGGAUACAAGUCUGAUUCCAAAUAUUCUCUGGUUUGAGUACACAGUCACAAGAUCAGAAGCACGAAACAGACAACGGAAAUUGGGUACCAAGAUGCAGUGAUGCAAAAUCAGCAUGUUUUACUUGAGGGCAAGACUGGUGCGGAUCUCAAAGGAAAGGAAAAUCAACAGCAACAAAAACAUGUCAUUUGAAAAUUCAUUAUUUUUUGGAAGAUGAUCAAAGGCAAGCUGAGACAUACAUCGGCAGUCUAGACACCCUCUGUGAUUGCAGUCAGUAUUGAUAUAGCUUGCUGUUAGCUUUCUACUGCAUGUUAGAUCACAUCGGUACUGGACUGAACCAGUUUAAAUGAAGCACGUGCGCACAGUGCCAGUGAAAUGUGAUAUUAUUGCAUCUGAUUUGGGAAUAUGAUUUUUAUUUUGAAGAAGGGCAGCAGGGGAAGGGGCAUACUUCACAUUGUGUGAAUAUGAAAUAUUUCAAGAGGAAAGGAUAUUUUUAUGACUGGUUUGAAAACAAAUAUUGGAAGAGAAGAAGGAUGUUUAUGAAUUGUCAAUCAGGUAUCUGACAUAUUAGGGUUAAUACUGUAGCAGCCAGAAAUACUAUAAGGGAUCAUGUUGCACUUUAGGAAAAUCAGAUUUUU